UUCAAGCCCUAGAAAGACUUGGAUACGAAGUUUUCUCAUCUAUUUUAGUGGUACUUCAGACGGAACGUACGAACACAUAGGGAUUUUAGAGAAACAAGUAUUGUCUUCAACAGAUUACAAUUUAUAGAUGUGGAAGGCAGAUCUUGUUUUGAAUGUUUUCUUACGUAAGCAUGUAGACUACUUUAAUUCGUUGCGAGGUUUUCUUGGACAAGCUGUCAUCCGUAACGUUGAUCAGCGGACUAGUAGCUUUUAUUAACUUUUUUUCGGUCGAGCAUUUAUGUUGCUGAAGUGAGGCCGUUUUGUGUAGCAACAUCAUUCUUUUUCUUGAUACAUUUUACCCAUCUGGAUCCAUCAGUGGCCGACGCCUGGAAGGGAGAGUUCUCUGAAGAACUGAAGUAUGACUGUGUUAUGGGUCUGCACACUUUUUCUUCUGGCAAAGGCUGGCCUGGGUGAGGCCUGUGCCAGUGGGAGGUUCACCCGGACGGGGGAGUGCUGCAGCCUGUGCCCCCCUGGUUCCGGGGUGGUGGAGGAGUGUGGAAAACAGGACACCAAGUGCCAGCCUUGCCCUGAAGGAACGUUCUCCUCGUCAGACGACCUGUCUCCAUGCCAACCCUGCGUCCGCUGUCCCGCCGGCAUCCACACACUGGCCGCCUGCUCCGCCAGCCAGGACACGCACUGCGAGUGCAGCGAGGGCUUCUUUCUGUGGCGUGUCGGCACCUACGAGGGCCUGUGUGCCCCCUGCUCCACGUGUGAGCGCGGCCAGGGGGUGACGAGGGAGUGCGGUGUCAAGGGGAACACAGAGUGCCAACUUUGCGGCCCCGGAACUUUCUCAGAGGAGCAGAGUACAACAAAGCCCUGCCACACAUGUCUCCGAUGCUCCGACAGCGAGGUGGAGAUCAGAGCCUGCCAGCGCAACUCCGACACUCUCUGCAUGGAUAAGAAGCUCCACAUCCGUGAUAAGACCCGCUGGGCAGGCGAGGAGGGCAACGAGGAGGUGGAGGGGUCCAGCUCGGCCCCCGGGUUCACCCAUCAGGAUGGGGCUGGUGGCAGCAGCAACAUCCUGGCCUACGUGUCAGUCCUGGCUGCUGUGGUCCUGGGCCUGCUGCUCUACGUGGCUUACAAGUGCUGGACAUCAUGUAAGCAGAAGCAGGCUCUGGGGAAGGCCCGUGCUGCGGAGCUGGGAGCAGCUCCAGAAGGAGAGAAGGUAGAGAAGCUCCACAGCGACAGCGGAGUUUUCCUGGACUCACACAGCCUGCAGGACAGCCAGCCCAGCAAAGGAAGCAAGCGAGACAGCAAGCAGGACAGCCGUCUGUACAUCAACCUGCCCCCCCACAGGCAGGAGGAGGUGGAGCGCCUGCUGCAGGAGGGAGGGGGUAGGGGCUGGAGGCAGCUGGGGGCCGUGCUGGGCUACGAGGCCGAGCAGCUGGACCUGUUUGGCCGCGGCGAGGCCCCUGUCCACACACUGCUGUCCAACUGGGCCCAGCAGGAGGGCUCUACCCUGGGCCUGCUGUGCUCGGCACUGGGCCGCAUCGAGAGGCCCGAAGUGGCGUCCGCCCUCACCUGCCCCUCGCAGGGCGUUUCCGUGGUGUAAGAGCCCCACCCACCUGCUCUUGCUCAGCCACUCACAGGAGACUUAUGGACAUGAGAGGGGAUUUACUUUGGUGGAUGGUGCGGAGGGGGGGGGGGGCUGACAACCCGUCACCAUCUGGAGGUGACCAGGAAUGAGGUGCUGUGAAGGUGCAGGCCUCAGGGACUGAGAGGAAAUGAGGCUGGUUCCUGUUUUUUUUCACCCGUCAUUCUUCUGAUUGCCUCCUUCGUCAUCUGUCUGAGAGCUGCAGCUAUUUAUUUGCACCAGUGCCUUGAGUCUAGCAAAAUAGAUGUACUGAUACACAAGAUGGAACAUUAAAUAAGGCCAUGCUUUGUAUUCUUAUGUAUUGAGCUCAGGUGUAUUCUAUUUAGGUCUAGACAUUAAAUGGUGAUGAGACAGUACCAUAAUGGGAUAGGCUUAUAUAGAACAUACAACAGGGUUGUGAAGACAUCUGACUCAUUUGUGCAUCAUCAACACUGGCAGCAUCCAAUACAGCAUCUGGCAAAUACCAUGUCUGCAUCCCAGCACUGUGUCUCUGUCGGGUUACAACAUGAAUCUGGAGGUAGAGGCCCGACUGGUGGAAACGUUCUUUCCUGUAAGAGACUGAAGCUCACAAUGAAGCUCACUGCUGUGUCCAGUCGUCAUCAGGCUUGAAAUGGGUUGUCUUCCUCAUGAUGUGAGUGUCUCAUCAUUGAAGCCAGAUAAAGAGGACUGGGCUGAAGGACAGAAAAAUCAUCCUCUUAUUCGAUAUAUUGUAUAGCCAUGCCAUGAUAAUCUUACAAUAUUAUUGUGUAACAAUCAAUCACUUAUUUAGUUUUUCAUCCGUAUACUUCUUGUCUUUGUGUUUUUGUAAAAAUUGUAUUUCAUGGAAUAAAUAGUUUCAAAUACUGUG